AUGGUUAGACCCAGUGGACGAUCAUUAGUAGCUCCCUUGGCGGUGCUAGUAUACGCUUUGGGUGUGUUUUUACUUCCUUUUACUUUAACAUCGUCUGUAUUUGCAGAAAACUCCAGUGAUGUCGACAACUAUGGUACCGUAAUCGGUAUUGAUCUUGGUACUACUUAUUCAUGUGUUGGUGUUAUGAAAAAUGGAAAGGUUGAGAUUUUGGCCAAUGAUCAAGGUCUUCGUAUCACCCCCUCAUAUGUUGCAUUUACUGAUGAAGAGCGUUUGGUAGGAGAUGCUGCUAAGAACCAGGCUUCUGCUAACACUGCUAAUACUAUUUUCGAUAUCAAGCGUUUGAUUGGUCUUAAGUACUCAGAUCAAACUGUUCAAAGAGAUAUUAAGCAUUUCCCUUAUAAGGUUAUCAACAAGGAUGGUAAGCCUGCUGUUAAAGUCACUUAUGGUGGUGAGGAGAAGACCUUUUCUCCCGAAGAAGUUUCCGCCAUGGUUUUGGGCAAGAUGAAGGAGAUUGCCGAGGAUUAUUUGGGUAAGAAGGUUACUCAUGCUGUUGUUACUGUGCCUGCUUAUUUCAAUGAUGCUCAACGUCAAGCUACCAAGGAUGCCGGUACUAUUGCUGGUUUGACUAUUUUGCGUAUUGUUAACGAGCCCACUGCUGCUGCCAUUGCCUACGGUUUGGACCGUACUGAUGGCGAGCGUCAAAUCAUUGUUUACGAUUUGGGUGGUGGUACUUUUGAUGUUUCUUUGUUGUCGAUUGAGUCUGGUGUUUUCGAGGUCUUGGCCACUGCUGGUGAUACCCACUUGGGUGGUGAGGAUUUCGACCAAAAAGUCAUUCAACACUUUACCAAGGUGUUUAACAAGAAGCAUGACGUUGAUAUGAGCAAGAACCCCAAGGCUGUUAGUAAGCUCAAGCGUGAGGUCGAGAAGGCCAAGCGUUUGUUGUCUUCUCAAAUGUCUGCUCGUAUUGAGAUCGAGGCUCUUCACGACGGUAUUGAUUUCAGCGAGACUUUGACUAGAGCCAAGUUUGAGGAACUUAACAUUGACUUGUUCAGGAAGACUCUUAAGCCUGUUGAGCAGGUUCUCAAGGAUGCCGGUGUUAAGAAGAGUGAGAUUGACGAUAUUGUUCUUGUUGGUGGAUCUACUCGUAUCCCCAAGAUUCAAUCGAUGCUUGAGGACUUCUUCAAUGGUAAGAAGCCUUCUAAGGGUAUUAAUGCUGACGAGGCUGUUGCCUAUGGUGCUGCUGUUCAAGCCGGUGUUUUGUCUGGUGAGGAGGGUGUUGAUGACAUUGUCCUGCUCGAUGUUAACCCCUUGACUCUUGGUAUUGAGACAUCAGGUGGUGUCAUGACCAAGCUCAUUAACCGUAACACUCCUAUCCCCACUCGUAAGUCGCAAAUCUUUUCGACUGCCGUUGACAACCAACCCACUGUUCUUAUUCAAGUGUUUGAGGGUGAACGUACUCUUUCUAAGGACAAUAACCGUCUUGGUAAGUUCGAGCUCACUGGUAUUCCUCCUGCUCCCCGUGGUGUUCCUCAAAUUGAGGUCACCUUUGAGCUCGAUGCCAAUGGAAUCCUCAAGGUUGGUGCCACCGAUAAGGGUACCGGUAAGAGUGAGUCGAUUGUCAUCACCAAUGACAAGGGUCGUCUCUCUCAAGAGGAAAUCGACCGUAUGGUUGAAGAGGCUGAGAAGUACGCUGAACAAGAUGCUCUUCUCAGAGAUAGAAUCGAGGCCCGUAACGGUUUGGAAAUGUACGCCCACUCUCUUAAGUCCCAAGUUCACGAGGAAGGUGAGGGCAAAUUUGGUUCUUUGAUCAGCGAGGACGAUAAGGAGACUCUGCUUGACGCCAUCAAGGACACAGUCGAGUGGCUCGAGGAGAACGGCUCGUCUGCUACUAAGGACGAGAUCGACGAGCAAAAGGAGAAGCUCGAGGCUGUUGCCCACCCCAUCAGCAGAAAGAUCUACGAAUCUGCUGGUCAAUCUGGCGGCGACGACGGCUACGACUUUGACGACGAUUACAUCGACCACGACGACUUGUAA